AUGUCUGCAGACGAAACGGAUGCGAAAUUUCAUCCUUUAGAAACAGACCUGCAAUCUGAAGCAGCGGCAGAAGAUUCACGCAGUCCCUCUCUCCGCGAGAAGCCUAUUGAAAUGUCCUUGGAUAUGGGUAAAGCGUCUUCCCCAAGAGGCGAAGAUCAACAGGUUACAAAUGAAGAAGAUUUGUUUUUGUUUAACAGGUUGCGGGCAUCUCAGAAUAGAGUUAUGGAUUCUUUAGAACCACAACAACAGUCACAGUAUACAUCAUCAGGCGCUAGUACGAUUGAACAAUCUACUGACUUUACCAGCUUCUCUGCGGCAACGACUUUACCUCCUCCUCCUCAUCAGCAACAACAGCAGCAGCAAUUAGUCGUACAGGCCCAGUACACCCAAAGUCAACCGAGCUUGCAAAACGAUGUUUUAGGAACCACCAUAGCAGAGCAACCGUUUUACGUUAAUGCCAAACAAUACUAUCGAAUUCUGAAAAGGCGAUACGCUAGAGCUAAACUAGAGGAAAAGCUACGAAUAUCAAGAGAACGAAAGCCAUACUUACACGAAUCUCGACAUAAACAUGCGAUGCGAAGACCUCGUGGUGAAGGUGGUAGAUUCUUGACAGCCGCUGAGAUCAAAGCCAUGAAAUUGAAGAAAAGUGGGGCUAACGAUGAUCCUGACGAUAACCGUGAGGACAAAAAAAUCACUACUAAAAUAAUACAAGAACAGCCGCAUGCUACUUCCACCGUAGCAGCAGCAGACAAAAAAACAUAA